UGCGUACAAAAGCAGUAUUCAGUGAUCGCUUGCAUUGUGUUAUGCAUUGAAUGAAUGAUUACAUGAAUACAUAGAUUGAAUGCAUUUGGAGUUUAUGUUAGUUUACAAUCAAUUUUAGACAAAAAUAUUCAAUCAAUUAGUGAUUCAGUGAUUAAUUGAUGUCAUAAUUGGUUGAAACACUCAUUCAUUGAUUGAAUAAUUGAUUUGUUAUUUAAUUUUGAAUAACAAGUGAUUAAAAAAUGAGUUCAAAUGAUAGAAACCAAUCAAAACCGACGGACGCCACAGAAGACGACGACUUCGGUGACUUUGAGGGUCCAGAAGAUGAGGCGCCAGAAAGUGUUCAGGCGAUGGGCGGACCACCCAAUUGGGUAUUUCCCGACCUCUUGAGGGUUGACUCGAGUCAAUCAUCACAUGACGAACCAUCAAAUCAUAUGAACCAACAGUCGGUGAUAUCGAAUCAAUCGCGACAUAAUGUAGUGAUGCGUCCGAACCAUAGAGAUAUGGGAGCCAUACCUAAACAGAGAGAUUUACCCGAUAUCUCAUUGUUGACCACAAGCCGUGAAUCUACUCUAAGCACUAAUGCAUUGAAACCAAGCUUUUCACGCGAAUCGACGGCCAAUAGUUCAUUAGCCAACAGAUCGUCAAAAAUAAUGUCAGAAACGAUAAGUAGUGGUCAUAACGGCACAAAUGACACGAAUCAUAUGCGAAUGAAUCGCUUAGAACAAGACGUGAAGACAUUACAAACACAAAAAGCUUUAUUACAACAGCAAUUGCUUCAAAAAGAUACACAAAUUCGUGAAUUACAGUCACAAUCGCGACAAUUGGCUAUUAAUUCUCCUCAAACUCAAGAAGCAUUGAUAACGACCUUAACUGAAACGGUUAAUAAAUUUCAAUCAACUAUUACAUCAGCGAUGGAUCGAUUGGAACAAAGACUUACAUCUUUAGAGACUAGAGUUGUGAAUACAAACGAUUCAAUCAUUGAUUCCGGCGAUUCAUUGUCUCCAAAGACUAAUAAUGUAAAUAAUGCUAAAGAAGGAGAAGUGUCGGCUCUAACUAUUCAAAAUAUUUUAAAACAACAACGAAAUGAAUUAAAGGCUGAAAGACAACAAAAUUUACUUCUCGUUUCAUCGGUUCUUAAGAACGCUUUGGAGACUAUUGAGUCUCAUUUAGAUGUAAAGGAUAUUAACACUAAUCACAAUUAAUAUAAUUAGUUUUGGAUAAUACUUGAUAUUAUUUGACAUUUAUAUAU